UUCACCAGAGAGUGUUUAUCUUGAUUUUGAUAAAAUAAUAAAGCUAUAUUGUAUUAACAAUAAUAAAAUAAUUAUAAAAAAUGUCUGAAGAAAUUAAAUUACAAGAAUCCAUAAAAAAAACUCAAGAUUUAUUGGGUAAAUAUAUUAAAAAACCACCAUUAACUGAAAAAUUGCUUCGUAAACCACCUUUUAGAUUUUUACAUGACAUUGUGACAGCAGUAGUCAAGGAGACAGGUUUUCUAAAAGGAUUAUUUAAUGAAUUUGAAUCAAACAGUGUUAAUAUUAAAGAAAAAGAUGCAAAGUUAUCAUAUUUAACAAAAUUAAUUGAUGUUGUUAAAUUAAUAACUGGCAAUGAUAUUGGUGUCAGAGCAUCAAAGAUAAUAUCAGGUCAAGAGCCAAUAAAAACAAAUGAAUUACUCCAGGCAAUUGGUAAAGCAUUGAAUAAAAAAAUAUCAAGUGUUGAAGCAAUUGAACAUUAUAAAAAAUCAGGUGAAAAAAAAACAAAUACAAGUAAAUUAAAAAAAUCUUCAUCACCGCAGGAAAAAUCUAAUAAAGCUCAUGGCUCAUCUGAAGAGAGAGUUAAAAAAUCAAUUUCAUCUGAUGAAAAUGGAAAAAAAUCAACAUCAAAAAGAACUCCAUCAUCAGAACGUGUGUCAUCAAAAGAAAAAUCUAAAUCGAAAGAUGAAAAAAUCAGAAGAGGAUCUAAAGAUCAUACUAUUGACAAGAAAGAAAUUAAAAUAAAAGAAAAUAAAAAAAAAGAUUCAUCUGAUAGUAUUAAAACAUCAAGAAAAAAUCAUGAAUCAAUAACAUCAGGUGAAAAAUUAAAAAAAAAAAAACAAAAACCAAGCUCUCAUGAAAAUAUAUCGAUUGAAGAAAUUUCAAAUGAGCCAGUUGAUGAAAAUUUGGAAGCUGAAAAAGAAAAUCAUCUUGAAAUUGAUAAAAUAGAAGAAAAAAAUUCAACAAUUCCAGUUAAAGCUAUGAAUUUAUCAACAGAAUCAAAUAAUUUAAAUGAAAAAAAUUUAGAAUCUCAAAUUAUUUUAGAAUCAAAAAUGCCACUACCAGCAAAUGAGACACUGAGACCACCAAGUGUUAGACCAUCUAGUGCUCGUCCAGGAGCACCAAGAAUUAGAGGUAAAAAUGAAUUUGUUAUAAAACCCAAUGCAUUAACUCAAAUGGGUGAUGUAAAUGUUAUUGUUGAGACAUUUGAUACAAAAGAAGAUGAUCAAGAUGGCAUGGUGGUAAUGGAAACAAUGAGUAAUUAUGAUAAUACACAGAUGGGUAGUACAGAUUUAUUGAAUAAUCAAUUGACCCAAGAGCAUGGAUAUCUUGUUGCUCAAAUACUUGAAACACAACGUGAAUUAGUUAAUGAGGGUAAUGUUGAUAUUAUUCCAAAUAAAGUACAAAUUGAAUGGGACAUUGGCUUGAAAAAAGAUCGUGAUACGGUUGUUAAAGAAAUUGAUAAACUUCGUGGUGCCAUCCAAACAUUAACAAGAACAACAAAUCCAUUGGGUAAAUUAUUUGAUUUUCUUCAAGAAGAUGUUGAGAUAAUGGAAAAAGAACUUAUGAGUUGGCGUAAUCAAUACAAGACAAUUAAUGAACAGCUACAAAUUGAAAAAAAUUCAAUUAAAGAAUCAAUAAAACCACUUGAAGAAUCACUACGUGAAAUUGAAAAUUCUGUUAAGCUACAGAAACAAAGUAUCUAUCAAAUAAAGGGUAAUAUUAUAAGAAAUCAAGAAAAAAUUCAUAAGCUAUUAACUGGUGAAUAA